AUGGUGCCUCUUGCCUCGGUCGAUCGCUCAAUAUCCGCUGCCGCCCCAGGCAACAAACCACUUUUAAAAACUCCAAUGUCGGCUCCAAUGUCAGGUAGGAUAAGAAAAGCUCAAGAUGCCGAUCUGGACGACGAUAUAGAAGUACCAAAUCCGAAACGAGCAAGAGUAUCUUUUAAUCCGAAGGUCGAGGAAAAGGUUUUGGAAGAAUACGUCGCAAAGGGUAGAAGCCUAGAGAGCGUCAGAGUGGAGGUCAAGCGGGCAAUAGAGGCACACGGCAAAGGCGAUAGCGAAAAGUACGAUAGCAUUAAAGAAGUUUUCGCGCAAGCUGAGAAUGACGAGAGAGAGGAUACUGCUGCAAAUGACGAGGUGAAAACAUAUCUGAUCGCCCUUACUAGUUAUGCGUCUUUAUUGAACAAGGGCUGCAAUGGAUUAGUGAAAGCUAUAUUGAAGUGUGAAUGGAUGGGCAGAGAAGAGGGCUUUGUGAAGGCGUAUGCUCAGUUUCUGGGAAACUUGGUUAUGCGACUAUCGAGCGGGCGUCUUUCUGGCUGCCCAGAUGUCAGUCGCGACACGCUUUCGUCGAGAAUCCACUUUGCACUGAAAUACCUUCUUCGAUUGAUCCCCUCCGCUAGCGCUACACUAUCACCCAUUCUUUCGGCCAAGUUUCCUUUUGCCGACGAAUCGAAGAGGGUGCAUGUUACAUAUAUCAACAACCUCGUUCGCCUUCUCGAGUACGCUCCAGAAUUAAAAUCGGAUGUUUUCGCUCUCAUUACAGACAGACUAGUCAAGAUUGAUGUACAGAUGCAAGUUGAUCUAGACGAUGUGGAUGAUGAGGUUGCAGGUGCUAUUGUUCAAGCUCUCGCUAUGAACUCUUCUGAACAGGAAGAAGAAGGCGAUGAAGACGCAGACGAUUCUGAUGACAGCGACGCCGAAUCGGUCAAUAGCGAUGAUGCAAGUGGAGAACAAGCAAAACGAGCCAAAGAAAUCCAAGGAAGUGUCGAAAAGAUGGAUGCGAUACUGGACCGCUUAUUUGCUAUUUAUGAUCCUUAUUUCAUAGACUCAAAUAGCAUUGAAGCUGCAAAUAUGUUUGAGACUUUAUUAGGACAUUUCGCCAAUAUAAUUCUGCCUACAUACAGAUCUCGACACACACAAUUCCUCCUCUUCCACUUUGCACAAAAGUCGGAACAUCUAAUCGAUCAAUUUGCCGGAACGUGCGUGCAGUUGGCAUUUCAGCCUGGUAGACCCGCCGUGCUUCGACAAUCCUCUGCGGCCUAUCUCGCCAGCUUUGUCGCGCGAGGCGCACACGUUGAACCUCAAGUGGUUCGGACCGUUUUCGAACUCAUCGGGAGCAAUCUGGAUCACAUCCGCACAGAGAAUGAACUCACUUGCCGGGGACCGGAUCUAAAGAAAUAUGGAACUUUCUAUGCUAUGACACAAGCUCUACUUUAUAUCUUUUGCUUCCGCUGGCGAGACCUUAUCGAUUCCUCCGAAGUAUUCGACGACGAGGACCCUGCAGCAUUUAUUGGACAAGAUAUCAUUUGGACCACAGGUAUCAAGGAGACACUCUCCCGCGCUAUCUACUCUAAACUCAACCCUUUGAAAAUCUGCUCCCCGCCCAUCGUUGCCGAAUUCGCUAAAAUCGCACACCACCUACGAUUUAUGUACGUAUAUCCUUUGUUAGAAACCAACAAACGCAUUCGUUUGAGUCAAUUCUCUAGUGCAGUCGAAAAUGGAGCAUUGCGAGACUCAGGGAAUGGUGCAAGCAAUGAUAGUUGGCACCAAUUGGAUGCAUACUUUCCAUUUGAUCCAUAUCAAUUACCUGUGUCGAAGAAAUGGAUUGAGGAUGACUAUGUGCAAUGGAAAGGGAUUCCAGGACUAAACCAAGAAGAGGAUGAUGAUGAUAGUAGUGGAGAUGAGGAGGAUGAGGAGGAUGAGACUGCGCCUGAAGACGACGAUACGGCGACUGACGUAGAAGCGGAAGAUUGA